CCUUUUGAUGUGGUGUAGGCGGGGCAUCUCUGGGAAAGUCUAUGUUGAGUUUGUGUACACGUAAGUGAUGUACUAAGUCAGGACUACAUACGUAUAUACUCUUGUUUACCUGAGCAAGUUCAUGGUAAAACUCAUCAGACACUGCAAAUCUGUCAAGGAGGAAGAGAGCUGUUCUUGUGUUCCCCUGUGCAGCGACAGAAGGUGAUGGUGUUGGUGCUGAGGAAGUUCCUGGAGACAGAUCAAGAGACAAAGAGCAUCCUUUGUCUGUGACUGCAGUGACACUGUGCAGCCUGCUGCCUAGUCUCUCUCUCCUGAUCCUCCACUCUCCUCAGUUCCUCCUGAUAUAUUUUCUGCUGAAUUUUACUCAUCAUUAUCAAACUUUUCAUGUGUACCUCCUUCCUCUGUAGCUCUUCCUGUAAUCCCCUCACUUGUAUUGUUUCUCCUUCCCCAACCAGUACAUAUGUCUCCCCGUCUCUCAACCUGUCCCUCUCACGUGACCCUUUGCACCUCCUCUUCCUGCGAUGGAGUCUGCUCGCUGCCUUGCGAAUAGCUGUCUCAAUCCUGGUGCAGGUUGGGUCCAAUGUCAGGAGCUGUCCUGAGAUGGAAGUGUUCUCUCCUGCUGUGUAUCCCUUACACAAGCAGAGCCACAGU